CAACCACCUGUCUUUUUAUUAAACCGUCAGCUUAGACGCAGGGCCUACGCAGUUAGCGCCCUUAUUCUGCGAGCGUGUGGGAAGCGAUUUCCUAGCGCUUUGCGGACACGUCCACAUUUGGCAAAAACAAGCGACUGACAUUGCACACCAGUCACAUCUCCAGCCAGUGCAGCUCUACAGAUGUCGGAGACGAACACAUCUUGCAAGCUUUGGAAAAGUACUUAUGCGAACAAAUGGUACAUCAUACUAUUCUUUAUUGGUAACGCCAUCAUUAUUACGGUGCUUUUUACUGGCCGUGAUACUUACACCCUGAAGCCUCUUCAGCAUUCUGCAAAAGUGAAAAAGACAACGAGCUACAGCCAAGGAACUCGGGCGCCUCGGUCGACACACGGUUGGAAGACAUUGACAGCGUGCAAUAAUCCAGCUCUCAGGAUUCUCUUCAUCGUACAUACUACUCCAAGCGGCAUACAAAAGCGGCGGUGGCUACGGAAGACCAUUGGUGACCCUUAUGUUCAGUCUUCAGUAAACUCAAGCAUUAUUUUCUUUGUUGGAGCUUCGAUUGAUCAACGGCAGCAACGAGCGCUCCAAGACGAAGCCAUUCGAGAAGGAGACAUUGUCCUGCUCAACAUCACGGAGAGCCACCACAACCAAUCCCUCAAGUUUCUCCUUGGCGCACGAUGGGUUCUUGAAAAGUGUUCGCUCGAUUCUGCAACUGCACUUGUCAAGAUGCAUGAAGACAUAUUAGUGAACAUCUAUGCGUUGUCAUCAUACGUAAGCAGCAGUGUAAUGUGGCUGACAGGCAUCCAUGGCGUUGUUUACACAAACAGAAGUCCAGUGAGGGAGAGGAAGAGUGAGUGGUACGUAAGCAAACAGGACUACGCAUCUCGCGUGUACCCCAACUAUUGCUGUGGAGAUGCGUUCAUCAUGAAGCCUGCUGUGCUAUCUACACUCGUUGAUGCUGCAGUUCUUGUCCCGUACUUCUGGAUUGAGGACGUUUAUGUCACCGGCAUUGUGGGGGAUUUCGCCAACGUGAAUUUAGUGGAUUUAUCCGGACACGUUAUAAUGAGUAAGCAGAAAAACAUGCGGACAGUGAGUGAUACAACAUUGUUCGUUAACAGCCGCUUGGCUCGAUUGUCCGACGGUAAAAAAACUUCUUUGUGGAACGAUAUUUUGCGAAGAAAUCAGUCAGUGCAACGAGAAUUCCGCAAAAACGUUGAAGUAUACUAUCGCAGUGUCGGUUAGAAGACCUGGCCAAAAUAUAUUCAUUGUAGCAACACAACAGCAAGGCACUUGCCCUUGUUUGCUUGAAUGCGUAGAUAUUUCAGAUGUGCGCGCGCACAUGUUCAGUACUGUUACGUAUGAAAACCUUGUGUCUUUUAAAAACAGAACGCAGGCCAUUGGUUAUAGAGGGUAGUGUUUGUAAAGCAAAAUACUUUACUGCAACUUUAAAUCAUUUUCUAGUUGAGUAAAAUAAGUCUAUCUAGGCCGAGAUAACAUAUAAUACUUCAUAAUGAAGGGUGGAACUCGGGAACGUUGGUAGGCCUCACGAAGGCCUUGUCACGUACGAAAUGUGCGUUCCCCUUUUGUAAACUGUGCUACCUGCAAGUUCCGUUUCCUUCAAUACACACACA